AUGGCUGAGAGGGAUACCACAAGAUCAGAGGGGCUUGCUCCUGCGCCUGUCGCGCCAGACCUCAAGAUCAAACCGCCGAAUCCGUUGGCUCUAGCAACGAGCCAAAAGGUCGAGAUGGAAGUCAAGAUGCGCGAGAGCAAAUGGAACACGAAAAACCUGGGUCUGCGCCUGGGCGCCGACUUCAUCAGCGCCGCCUGCGCAGGCACCUUGGUCGCUCCUCUCGUGUCCAUUAUUGAUCGCUCCAUCAUGGAAAAUGCCUCCGGCCGCCGUAGUCUAGGUGAAUCCGUAAAGGCCUGCCUCAAGGAGCUCGUCCUCCGCCCCCACCACGUAGUCUUCAGCAAACCUUUCGCGCUCAUCUUCGCCCUCUACGGCGGCACAUAUCUGACGGCGAACACCCUCGACACCGCCGUCUCCACCACGCAGAACAAACCCGUGAACCACGUCACGGCCGGCACCGGCAAGUUCUUCGCCUCGAGCGCCGCCAACAUCGGUAUAUGCAUGUACAAGGACCAGGUCUUCGUGCGCAUGUUCGGGCCCCCGGGUGUCGUUCCGCGCCCCGUGCCGAUGAUUUCCUACGCUCUGUUCGGUCUGCGCGACUGCCUCACCAUCUUCGCGAGCUUCAAUGUCCCGCCCCGAAUGGGCCCCUGGUUGAACGAGCGCAUGGGCGAGGAGCUCUGCCGUAAAGUCAGCGGCCUGACCGUCAUGCAGUUCGCUGCCCCCGUCAUGGUGCAGCUCGUCAGCACGCCGCUGCACCUGCUCGGUCUCGACGUCUACAACCGCCCAAACACCACCGCGACUCCCGUGACGGGGAGAGACCGGUGGCAGCUGGUGGCUAAGAACUGGGGUAUCAGUACCAUGGCGAGAAUUUGCAGAAUCAUUCCUGCCUACGGCAUCGGCGGCGUCGUCAACCGCAAGAUGAGGCUGAGCCUCAUGGAGAAGCUAUCAUGA